UCUCUGAGGGGCUUUUCCCCAAAAGAUGGCCGCCGCCGGGUACAACAAGCUCUCCGCCGCCGCCGGCGACAAGCUCUCCGCCGCCGACGAAGCCAAGAAGUGGGCGUCCGUGGCGGCGGAAGCCGUCGCCGAGGCCAACAGGUGGGUGGCCGUCGCGGCAGAGGCCAUCGCCGAAGCCGAGGAGUGGGUCUCCGUCGCGGCGAAAGCCGCCGCGGAAGCCGAGGAGUGGGCGUCCGUCGCGGCGAGAGCCGCCGCGCAAUCCGAGGACUGGGAGACAACUGUGGCGGAAGCCAUCAAGGAAGCCGAGAAGUGCGCGUCCGUGGCGGCGAAAGCGGCCUCCGAAACCAAGAAGUGCGCGUCCGUGGCGGCGGACGCGGCCUCCGAGACCAAGAAGUGGGCGUCCAUCGCCAUCUCCGCCUCCGCCAAGAAGACGUCCUUCCUCGCGGCGGUGGCUCAGGGCAAUGCACCCAUCAAGAAAGGCUUAAAGGAGGAAGAGGGGGAGGAGGAGCUGGUCAUCAGCAAGCCUAAGCUGGCUAGUCUGAUAUAUCACGGCUUCAACAUUGCCUUCGUCUUGCAGAUCCUCCUUUUCAUCACCCACGUUUCCGUUUACUACAAUGCGAGCGAAUUCUGGUGGGAAGCUGUAGCAGCCACUGCAAUUGUGUCGCCUCUCUUGAUCACACCCCUCUACUUCACGCCUAUGCUUAGAGACGUCUUCAUCAGGGAAUAUGCUAUGUCACCCUCUAACACGUGCAGCAGUGAUCUCAGUGGCAAGCUGCUGUUCUCCGAGGAAGUGUAAGAAGCGUACUUCUGAAGAAGGUGCACCGUUUGGUAUGCAUGGGUGCUGCCGCCUACUGUCUAGUUAAAGUUUAGCUUCGUGUGUGCACCAGGUAACUAGGCAUCACUCUUGCAUAGUUUACAUCGAUGCAGCUUACUCUGUUGUAGUUUGAUAUGUUUGUGUGCUGUUCUCUAUGAUUCGGAAAGUUGGAAAUCAAGAUGCGUGCACUUUUGUGUGUUCUGUCUGGUAGUAGAAGCCAACUGUGAAGAGUUACGGUGAUAAGAUUACAUGCCUUGUUUUCUGGUUUUGUAAGCUUCCUCUGAGAUCAGAGCUGUAGCAUGCAGCUAACCCGACCCA